CUGUCCCUAGCCCUGGAACAGCUGCUGACGGAGUUGGAUGACUUCCUCAAGAUUCUUGACCAGGAGAACCUGAGCAGCACAGCCCUGGUGAAGAAGAGCUGCCUGGCGGAGCUCCUCCGGCUUUACACCAAAAGCAGCAGCUCUGAUGAGGAGUACAUUUAUAUGAACAAAGUGACCAUCAACCAGCAACAGAAUGCAGAGUCUCAAGGCAAAGUGCCUGAGGAGCAGGGCCUGCUGCCCAAUGGGGAGCCCAGCCAGCACUCCUCGGCCCCUCAGAAGAGCCUUCCAGACCUCCCACCACCUAAGAUGAUUCCAGAACGGAAACAGCUUGCCAUCCCAAAGACGGAGUCUCCAGAGGGCUACUAUGAAGAGGCUGAGCCAUAUGACACAUCCCUGAAUGAGGACGGAGAGGCUGUGAGCAGCUCCUACGAGUCCUACGAUGAAGAGGACGGCAGCAAGGGCAAAUCGGCCCCCUACCAGUGGCCCUCGCCGGAGGCUGGCAUCGAGCUGAUGCGCGAUGCUCGCAUCUGCGCCUUCCUGUGGCGCAAGAAGUGGCUGGGACAGUGGGCCAAGCAGCUCUGUGUCAUCAAGGACAACAGGCUUCUGUGCUACAAAUCCUCCAAGGACCACAGCCCUCAGCUGGAUGUGAACCUGCUGGGCAGCAGCGUCGUUCACAAGGAGAAGCAAGUGCGGAAGAAGGAGCACAAGCUGAAGAUCACGCCGAUGAACGCCGACGUGAUCGUGCUGGGUCUGCAGAGCAAGGACCAGGCUGAGCAGUGGCUCAGGGUCAUCCAGGAAGUGAGCGGCCUGCCUUCCGAAGGAGCAUCUGAAGGAAACCAGUACACCCCGGAUGCCCAGCGCCUUAACUGCCAGAAACCAGAUAUAGCUGAGAAGUACCUGUCAGCUUCAGAGUAUGGGAGCUCCGUGGACGGCCACCCUGAGGUCCCAGAAACCAAAGACGUCAAGAAGAAAUGUUCUGCUGGCCUCAAACUGAGCAACCUAAUGAAUCUGGGCAGGAAGAAAUCCACCUCACUGGAGCCUGUGGAGAGGUCCCUCGAGACAUCCAGUUACCUGAAUGUGCUGGUGAACAGCCAGUGGAAGUCUCGCUGGUGCUCUGUCAGGGACAAUCACCUGCACUUCUACCAGGACCGGAACCGGAGCAAGGUGGCCCAGCAACCCCUCAGCCUGGUGGGUUGUGAGGUGGUCCCAGACCCCAGCCCCGACCACCUCUACUCCUUCCGCAUCCUCCACAAGGGCGAGGAGCUGGCCAAGCUUGAGGCCAAGUCUUCCGAGGAAAUGGGCCACUGGCUGGGUCUCCUGCUCUCCGAGUCAGGCUCCAAGACAGACCCAGAAGAGUUCACCUACGACUACGUGGAUGCCGAUAGGGUUUCCUGUAUUGUGAGUGCGGCCAAAAACUCCCUCUUACUGAUGCAGAGAAAAUUCUCAGAGCCCAACACUUACAUCGAUGGCCUGCCUAGCCAGGACCGCCAGGAGGAGCUGUAUGACGACGUGGAACUGUCGGAGCUCACAGCUGCGGUAGAGCCUACCGAGGAAGCCACCCCUGUUGCGGAUGACCCAAAUGAGAGAGAAUCUGACCGAGUGUACCUGGACCUCACACCUAUCAAGUCCUUUCUGCAUGGCCCCAGCAGUGUCCAGGCCCAGGCCUCCUCCCUGACAUUGUCCCACCUGGACAAUGCAACUGAGGCCCUCCCUACAGACCCAGGCCCAGGUCCCACCCCAGAUGAGCCCUGCAUAAAGUGUCCAGAGAACCUGGGGGAACAGCAGCUGGAGAGUUUGGAGCCAGAGGAGCCUUCCCUGAGAAUCACCACCGUCAAAAUCCAGACUGAACAGCAGAGAAUCUCCUUCCCACCGAGCUGCCCCGACGCCGUGGUGGCCACCCCACCUGGCGCCAGCCCACCUGUGAAGGACAGGUUGCGUGUGACCAGUGCAGAGAUCAAGCUUGGCAAGAAUCGGACAGAAGCUGAGGUGAAGCGGUACACAGAGGAGAAGGAGAGGCUUGAAAAGAAAAAGGAAGAAAUCCGGGGGCACCUGGCUCAGCUCCGGAAAGAGAAACGGGAGCUAAAGGAAACCCUAUUGAAAUGCACAGACAAGGAAGUCCUGGCCAGCCUGGAGCAGAAGCUGAAGGAAAUGGACGAGGAGUGCCGGGGUGAGGAGAGCAGGCGUGUGGACCUGGAGCUCAGCAUCAUGGAGGUGAAGGACAACCUGAAGAAGGCUGAGGCGGGGCCUGUGACACUGGGCACCACUGUGGACACCACCCACCUGGAGAACCCCAAAGCUGUCACACCUGCCCCUGCCCCAGACUGUACCCCAGUCAACUCCGCAACCACGCUCAAGAACAGGCCUCUCUCAGUCAUGGUCACAGGCAAAGGCACUGUCCUCCAGAAAGCCAAGGAAUGGGAGAAGAAAGGAGCAAGUUAGAAAACAAGCUUCAUCUGAAGACUCUCAUGUCAAUGUGGACCUUGGUGACAAUCCUGCUUUGUUAAAGCAAAAUCUCUGCAAAAGGGUGAGUCUGUUUAGAAGAAAAAGCAAAGACUGAGGUACUGUGAAUGGCAAGCUUCAGCUAAGAGGAGGAUCUGUCCCUUUUCAGAGCUACAGGAAAUAAUACAACAAAAAGGAGGCUUCUUUGGAGACCUAAGUAUAUUGGAUGUAAACAAGACAUUGUAUUUAGGGAUGUUGUGUGUUUCUUUUUUGAAGUUGUCAUCAAUUGCUUUACUAAGAUUUUUAAAUAGUAAAAACCUCAUGUUUAGACUUUGGUGGAAGAUGAAUCAAGGAAGCAGGGCCCUGUCUUAUGGGUCACCUGGCUUUGGUGAGUGAGAAGACCUAAACUCCUGGCCAUCGUCUCUUAUCCAAUACUUAGCAGUUGGGGAUUAAACCAUCCUUGCCUUCAGUUCUCUCCAAUAUUACCAGGCCCAACUCAGUCUUCAGUGAUUUUAAAAAGCGUUGACAUC